GCGAUUAAAUUGUAUUCUGAAUUAUUAAUUUAUUAACUUGUCAGGAUGCUCUGGAUCUGCUCAAUAGCAUUGCUCAAUCUCCAUAUGACCAAGACAAGUUCCGCCUCAUGAAUUCAUUGUGAGAAUGCAUCCUCAAUAAGGUCACCCAAUCCCUCUUUCUCUCUUAAUUCACACUCGUUUCUGUGAAUCUGUGCUUGGUUUGUUUCUCAUUGAAUUUGAUAUCUGUGAGAAACCCAGUAAUUUGAUUAAACUAGUGACACAGAAUUGGGUAUGUUCUUGGGUUAUGAGUUGGAAUUUUAUGUAUUUUGAGUGUAUUUGAUUGCAGAAGGGCUGAAACCCAGAUUGAGAUUUGUUCAAGGCCAAUAUUUAUGCUUAUAUUUUGCCUUGGAAAGUUUAAAGCUUAGAUUUAGAUUCAUGAAGUUGAUAUGAUAUGUGUGCCUAUUUCUGUACUGGUAAUAACCAAUUUUAUCAUGGAUCGAAUUGCUUCGUGGUUCCAGUUUGUUACUGUGUAAUGUCCUACUUAACCUGGAUUAUGGCUUGCAUAGUCCAGGUACAAGCUUUGCUGCUGUGAAGUUAUCAAAGGAUCAAGCACCAAAGAAUUAAUGACAUGUUUAGGAAGAAGAGACUGGAUGACGUGUGUCACGGUAAAGUAGUAGUGGAUGCGAAGGUGGUCAACAAAGGUGAUACUCCAAAUUUGAUAGCAGGACACAAGUUAGAAGCUGCCAUUGAACAACUAGGAGUAGCAUUUGACAGACCUAGGAAACGUUUGGCUUGCGACAGAGGCAAAUCUUGCUCAAGUGAGGGAGGCAAAUCAAGGCAGAUCAAGCAGAAAGACAAGAAAUGCAACUUGCAGAGCGAGUUGAUGGCUGCAAAGUCCACUGCAGCUCAGCAAUGAGGAGUUAGAAAUCGUCAAAGCUGGUGCAGCUCAGCAAAUUAAAGAGUUAGAGGCAGUGAAGGCUAAAGCCGCUGCACAAAAUGAAGAGUUUGGAGGCACUAAAGGCAAGACAAAAUCAUACUGACAUACUUUUACUUAAAUUGAUGCGUUAUCCUCCCAAAACUGAUGAUUGGUCUAAGCUUCAAAAAAGUACAUCUUGCAAACUAUCAUUGAAGGCUUAUGGAACUUCUAGAAAGACUUGUAUGUAUUCCGAUUUAUUUUGAAAUUGCUAUUAAGGAUGGAUAUUGACAUUUGUUUGUUUUGGAUAUGCAAAUGUAAUAGAGAUACGUGUCUUAUAUUGUAUUGGAAUUGAGUAGUUUAAUAUUGAUA